AUGUUUACUAUACCUCUGCUACUGUUGUCGGUGGUCCCACAGGUCUUCGGCUGUGCUGACCACCAAAACUUCAUGAGGCCCGGCCACAAUGAAAAGCGACAGCUGAACAUCAGCAACACAGGUCGAACACCAACAUACUGGGCCUAUGAAGCCUCAUUCAACUGGGGCAAGCUCAGUCCAGACUACCAUCUCUGCCAAGACGGCACCCAGCAAUCCCCCAUAGCCCUAGGUCUCAACCAAGGACUGUCGCUGUACCAUCAACCAGACUUCAGCGGGUACCCAUCAGAAGUACUAGGAAACUACUACAACUGGGGCUACGGCCCAGCAUUCACAUUCUAUCGCGAACCAGGAAAUUACACCAGCUUGCCAUACAUGACAGUCGAUGGCGAGAGAAUGUACAUGACCGGAUGGCACAUCCACUCCCCAGCAGAUCACACGGUCGGUGGUGAUCGCAGUAAAGCAGAGAUCCACUACGUCCACUACACAGCCGACGGUCACGAGCGAGCCGUCGUCGCCAUCCGUCUAGACCCAGGUCGCGAAGACUCACCCUUCUUCGCUCAGUUCCCUCCAGCAAUCCACUUCAAUGACACUUCAGCGAUCCAGAACCUCGACAUGGACCCGAUGCAAGCCAUUCGAGAGGUCAGCAACUUUAGCGAAUUCUGGACGUACAAGGGCAGUUUGACCAGCCCACCUUGCAAGGAGGGUCUGCAGUGGUUCCUUGCGAGAAACAUCCUAUUUACCAGCAGGUUACAGAUGCAGGAUAUCCUUGGGGCUAGCACGUUCUCUGCUCGUGCUGAGCAGGAGGUGUGGGGUCAUGAGGUCAAUGUAUAG